AUGUUAAGGCUUGCGCUCCGCGGAGCACGAAAAGCUGCAAGUUCUGGAAUUUUAUUGAGAAAUACGCAGAGAAAUGGAUUGUUGAUUGUACACAGGCAGAAAGAUUUUCAAAUUCGAGCGUUUUCCAGUGGGUGAGUUUGGCUAACUUUCUUUUUAUAAGGGAGGGAUAAUCUGAUGGGAAUUUCGCGCCAUUUUUGAAAUCUGACACGAGAGAUUUAGAGAAACUAUUUUGAUCUGCCAGAAAAUUUUUUUUUCAAAAAUUUGGGGAGGUUUAUUUUACUACCCUAAAUCGCUCCAAUUUUUUACAAGAAUUUUCUGGUAGAUCAAAAUAGUUUCUCUCUAAACCUCUUACUUUCGCGUUGAAUUUCGUCGAUUUUGAGUCCCAUCUUUAGAUCUCAAAAAAUGCGCAAAACUUUUUGGGUAGUAAAGUACACUGUGUGCAUUUCAAUUUUUUAGUGCCAACAAUAAUAACAACAACAGCAAUAAUAAUGAAGAUCCAACGAAUAUCACACCAUCUGAAGAAGCAUCGCUGGAAAUUUAUACAAAAGAUGUUGUGAGUUUUUUUUUGCACAAAAUAUCUCGCCACGAAAAUGAUUCAUUGAAAAAUUUUCAAAAAAAAUAGUUUUGUUUUUGUCCUCUUUAUCAUUGAAAAAGUCAGAAACAAAAAGUUCUUUCAGGGUGGAAUGUCGCCGAUUUCGGUGCCAGCAGAAAUGCCAAUUGUUCCAAUUAUCGCCAUCAAUCGAUAUCCACUCUUCCCCGGAUUUAUUAAGAAAGUUGAUGUAAGUCCUUUUUUGUCUGGGUACAAAAUUCGAAACCUCCUGAUUUUUCAGAUUGUUAAAGAUGAAAAUCUGAAAGCGUUGAUCAAACGACAAUUGAAAUUGAAACAACCAUAUGCUGGAGUGUUUGUGAAAAAAGAUGAGGAAAAUAAAGAGGAGACGAUUUCAAGUCUUUCGGAAAUUUAUAACACUGGAACUUUUGUACAAAUUAUCGAGUUUAGAGAUCAGGGAAGUGUUUUGGAAUUGGUGCUGAGUGCGCAUAGAAGGUUAGUUGAAUCUACUUAGCUCUUGAGAAAAAUCAACAUUUAUUUAUUCAUUUAGAAUUCGAGUUCUUGAGCCAGUCGAUGAGAAUCAACACGUUGUUUCACAAUCAGCCGUGUCUUCAGCUCAGCCAGGUUUGAAUGGUCGAAGAUCUCGCGCGAAACGUGGAAUGUUCCCGCCUCCGCCUCCACCACCUUCAACGCCAGAAUCAGCAGAUUCUGCGAGAAAGGGAAUUGUAUUGGUGAAGACGGAAAAUGUUAUGACUGAACCGGUUGGUAAAAAUGAUGAGAUAAAAGCGACGAUGAUGGCAAUUGUGCAGACGAUUAGGUUGGUUUCGUGAAGUAGCGGGCAUCGGGGAUCGAACCUGAGUAAAAUCUAAAAUCAAAUAUCAAUGUUUUGUAGAGAUGUUGUUCAAUUGAAUCCACUUUUCGGACAACAAAUCAAUCUUCUCCUUCACCCAUCUCAAAAUGUUAUUGAUAACCCAGUUUAUCUUUGUGAUUUGGUGGCAACAUUGGUGCAAUCUGCUGAAACGAAAGAUUUGCAAGAAGUGAUGGAUGAUUCGGAUGUAUCGAAAAGAUUGAAAAUGGCAUUGUUAUUGAUUCAAAAAGAGAAAACUGUUGCGAAAUUGAAGCAUGAUAUAAAUAAAGAUGUGGAGAAGAAGGUUCAAGAUCAUCAUCGAAAAUAUUUGUUGAAUGAGCAAUUGAAAGUGAUUAAAAAAGAAUUGGGAAUUGAGAAAGAUGAAAAAUCGACAAUUGUUGAGAAAAUGGAUGAGAGAAUUAAGAAUUUGAAAGUUCCUGAAUACGCAUUGAAAGUUAUCAAUGAGGAAAAACAGAAGUUGCAAUUUCUGGAUCCACAUUCAAGUGAAUUUAGUGUAACUCGGAAUUAUUUGGAUUGGUUGACAUCGGUUCCCUGGGGACUUCUUUCGGAAGAGAAUCGACAUCUUGGAACUGCGAAAAAAGCGUUAGAUGAUGGACAUUAUGGUAUGAAAGAUGUGAAGGAGCGAAUUCUUGAAUUCAUCGCUGUAAAUAUUCUUCGACAAAAUAUCGGUGGAAAAAUUCUGUGUUUCCACGGACCACCGGGUGUUGGAAAAACAAGUAUCGCAAAAUCGAUUGCGGCCGCAUUGAAUCGACAAUAUUUUCGAUUUUCGGUUGGUGGAAUGACUGAUGUUGCUGAAAUCAAAGGACAUCGACGAACGUAUGUUGGAGCGAUGCCUGGAAAAAUGGUGCAAUGUUUGAAGAAGGUGCGAACCGAGAAUCCGCUUGUUUUGAUUGAUGAAGUUGAUAAGAUUGGAGGAGCUGGUUUUCAUGGAGAUCCAGCGUCGGCGCUUUUGGAAUUGUUGGAUCCUGAACAAAAUGCCAAUUUUAAUGAUCACUUUUUGGAUGUUCCUGUUGAUUUGUCAAAGUGAGUCGGAUUGGGAAAUUCAGAAAAUUGCUUGGAAAAUUAGAAUGCUAAGCUAAAAGUCAUGAAUUUGCUGAAAUUUGUAAUUCGUUCAGAAAAAAACCAGAAAUAGAAUUUUAUGAAUUAAGAAUAUCUCUAAAUUUCACGGAGAAAAUUGGAUAAAACUUUUGGAUGACAGAAUUUUUGAAUUUAAAAAUUAAGUUUGCCAAAAAUUAAUAUUCUUAUUUAAAUAUGGAGUGAAGUUUGAAAAAAAUCGUUGUUCUGAUUUAAAAAAAAAUUAGAAAAUGUAAUUUUUAAAAUUGAAAAGGCUUCAUUCUUCCCAAAAAUAAAAUCCUAAAAUUUCUAGAGUCCUCUUCAUCUGCACUGCAAAUGAGAUUGGAAAAAUCCCCGGACCACUUCGAGAUCGAAUGGAAAUGAUCGAUGUCAGCGGAUAUUUGGCCGAAGAAAAAGUCGAAAUCGCACAUCAACAUCUCAUUCCACAAACGAGAAAAGAAACGAGUUUGACAGAAAAUCAUUUGAAAAUCGAAGAUUCGGCACUCGAAGAACUCAUCAAACAUUAUUGUAGAGAAUCUGGUGUUCGAAAUCUUCAGAAACAUAUCGAACGAAUAUUCAGAAAAGCUGCACUUCAAAUCGCUGAACAACAAUCGGAACACGAACCAGCCACAACAGCAAUAUCAUCUGAAAAUACUCAAGAAAUCCAGGAGACUACUGUAGUGCCAAAAGAUUGUGAACAAAUUCUAGUGACAUCUGAAAAUCUUCAAAAAUUUGUUGGAAAACCGAAAUUCACAUCAGAUCGAAUGUAUGAAACAACACCACCUGGAGUUAUUAUGGGAUUAGCAUGGACAUCAAUGGGUGGAUCAGCAUUAUAUAUUGAAACAGUUCUCAAAAAAGCUGUAGAUCAAAAAUCGGAAAAAGAUGGAAGUGUUGAAACAACUGGAAACUUAGGAGAUGUUAUGAAAGAAAGUGUUCGAACUGCGCUAACUGUUGCAAAAGGAAUAUUAUCAAAAGAGCAACCCGAUAAUCAUUUCCUCGAAAAAGCCCACAUUCAUAUUCAUGUUCCUGAAGGUGCAACACCAAAAGAUGGUCCAUCUGCUGGAGUAACACUCGUUUCGUCAUUAUUGUCAUUGGCUUUGAAUAAACCGGUUGUACAGGAUAUGGCAAUGACUGGAGAGAUUUCGUUGACUGGAAAAGUUUUGCCGGUUGGAGGAAUUCGCGAAAAAGUUAUUGCGGUGAGUUUGGAGAUUUUUUUGAUCAGAGGGAUUUUUGGGGAAUUUUUUGAUUGAAAGUUGUAAGUUUUUGAGCAAAAUUUCAUGUAAUUUUGAAAAUUACGAAACGUUUUCUCAUUUUUCUUUUUAAAAUUCACUUUGCAAAAAUUUUUGAAAUUCUGAAAAUUAAGUUUUUAAAUUUGAAAAACUCAUUUUUCAUUAGAAUUUUAUUUCCAAAAAAUUAAUUUUCGAAAAUAAAUUUGAAUUUAAUCAAAAUUUAAUAUAUUUCAGAUUUUUGUCAGAAAUCGUUAAGUUUUUUAAAAUUUGAAUAACUCAAAAAAUUAAUUUUCUCAUUCAAAUUUAUCAGAUUUUUUCAAAUUUUCAAAAUUUGAAUCGCUUUUUCAUUCAAAAUCUUCAGAAUUUUCAGAAUUUUUUGCGCUCAAAAAAUAAAAUUUUGAGUUUUUCUGAUCAGAGGAAUUUUUGGGGAAUUUUUUGGUUUAAAAUUUAUAAUUUUUUCUCGUUCUGAUUCUAAAAAAUGUAAAAAAUUCAAAACUUCAAUGAAAAUGUCGUUUUCAAAUUUUUUUUUGGGAAAUUACAAAACGUGUUCUAAUUUUUUCAUUUUAAAAUUCACUUUGCAAAAAUUUUUGAAAUUCUGAAAAUUAAGUUUUUAAAUUUGAAAAACUAAUUUUUCAUUAGAAUUUCAUUUCCAAAAAAUUAAUUUUCGAAAAUAAAUUUGAAUCGCUGGAAAUUCAUCCAAAAUUUUACAUUUUUUUUUGAGCUGAAAAAAUUAAUUUUCUUCAAAAAAAGUUCAGAAUUUUUUAAAUUUCAAAAUCUGAAUCGCUUAUCAGAAUUUCACAGUUUUUUGAUUGCGAAAAAAAUAAAAUUCCGAAGAAAACAAAGUCAGUUCUCCCAAUUUUUCAGGCUCGCCGAGUUGGUGCCAAACGUAUCUUCCUACCAUCCGAAAAUCGACGAGAUUUCGAAGAUUUGCCAGAUUUCAUGAAAACCGACAUCGAUGUUCGAUUCGUCUCGCAUUAUUCUGAAUUAUACACAAAUCUCUUCGAAUAA